AUGUUUGUUUUAUACAUAGUUUUUAAUUUAAUUAUUUUUAGCUCAUCUAGUGUAGGAUUUCUACUUUGGAGGCCACCAGUACAUCCAUAAGAGUAGUAACCAUUUACAGGGAUGACACAAUCAACGAGUUAUUACUCAGAAAAAUCAACUAAAGCUUGGUUUUAAAUGAAGUUAAAUGACUCCACUAAGCCAGCUGCAGAGAAACUCCAGCAUCAACCACAAUAACCUUAGUACUGA